GUGGCUAGAUUUGUCUUGUUCGUCUCGCAUCCAAACAUACUGUAGUGUUCUGAAAGUGACACGGAGACACUGCUGUUUAUUUUUUGUUUUAUUUCAACUGUUUGAUAAGUCACUGUCGGCCGUAACCUACGAAAACAACAAUUACUCGACUCGCAUGCGAGCGCGAGGCGCUCAUACUCAUUUUCGGGUUCUCCACCAACCUCAGCUCACUCUCGGACUCAUCAGUCUCGCGUAAUGUUGCUUCAAGGACCCCUUUCGGUCACCCAUCCAGUCCGUUAAAAUACAUUAAUUUAGAUUUUUUUUUUUUGACGACUAGACGGUGGUUCUAUAGACAUUUAAAAAUUAGUUAGAAAAAGUUGUUUAGGGAGGAAUUAGUUAAGUAGUGGAUUCUUUAGCGUUAGUAAGCUAACGCUAGACUAAUGUUUUCAGGGCGGGCUUUAGGACCCGUCGAAUUUCGCGUCGCGGGGAGCUGCCCCGCAACGCCAUUGGCGGAGAGCUUGCCACGUGCAACAAUUCUUUACGUUUCUUGACUGUACCUGGGAGCUUUUUACGCAAAGGAGGCAAACCACCCGUACAGAGGAGCUCCAAGCGAAGAAAACGAAAAGUUCCUGGACACCAGGUUGAAGAGGCGAUUCCAAGUGGACUUGGUGUUUUGACACACCGUCAUUUUUGGGGAAAUCUUGUCACGUUGCUACUCAAGCACAGAGAAACAAAGGUCUUCAUCCGAACCUUUUCGGAGGACAAACGUCAGCGCCCCCCCCCUGACUCGGUAAUCCUCUGCCAUGGCGCUGAGCCCCACCUUUGAUAUCGACGCCCCGCGGUGGGACCAGACCACCUUCAUGGGGCGGCUCAAGCACUUCUUCAACAUCACCGACUGGCGGACGGCGCUCCUGCCCGACUCGCGCCUGGAUGAGGCCAAAGCCUUGGUGGAGAGCUGCAGAGCGGGCUCAGUCCCACCGGGCACCACCGAGGAGCAACUCUACUAUGCCAAGAAACUGUACGCCUCCGCCUUCCAUCCCGACACGGGCGACCGCAUGAACAUCAUCGGCCGCAUGUCCUUCCAGGUCCCUGGCGGCAUGGCCAUCACCGGCUGCAUGCUGCAGUUCUACAGGACAGUGCCUGCGGUAGUGUUCUGGCAGUGGGUCAAUCAGUCCUUCAACGCGCUGGUCAACUACACCAACCGCAACGCCGCCUCACCCAUCACCCCCAAGCAGAUCGGCGUCGCCUACGUGACGGCCACCAGCACGGCCUUAGCUACAGCGGUGGGACUCAACCUCUACACGAAGAAAGCACCCCCACUGGUAGCACGAUGGGUCCCUUUCGCGGCUGUGGCGGCGGCCAACUGUGUCAACAUUCCCAUGAUGAGGCAACAGGAAAUCUUGAAUGGCAUUGCUGUCACCGAUGAAAACGGCAACAAGCUGGGCCACUCACAGAAAGCGGCGGUGAAAGGCAUCACGCAGGUGAUCAUCUCCAGGAUCACCAUGGCUGCACCGGGAAUGAUCAUCCUCCCCAUCAUUAUGCAGCGGCUGGAAAAAUACAAAUUCAUGCAGAGAAUCACGUACCUCCACGGCCCCAUUCAAGUAAUGAUGGUGGGCGUCUUUUUGACCUUCAUGGUACCGGCAGCGUGCUCCCUGUUCCCACAGCGAUGCUCCAUUGCCGUAUUAAAGCUGGAGCCCGAACUCCGCGACUCUAUUACAUCGAAGUACGGCGAUGCUGUGCAGCGCGUCUACUUCAACAAAGGCCUCUGAGAACUCCACCCACAGGACUCAGUGCAUACUCUCAUACUCCUUUUUUUUUUUACCUCAUAUGAUUACUCACAUUUCUAAAGAGGUGCUUAUUAUGUAGAACUUUACUGGCUACGUCGGGAUGUUCUGAUGAAUGCUUUUUAAUUCGGCUGUGAUGAUUUCUCUCUCAUUACAAACCAAAUCUCUUCUCAGGUACUUUAUUUUUAUGACUCUCCUAGCUAGGAGCUAGGAGAGUUGUCCUGGUACCAGGAGAGUUGUCCUGGUACCAGGAGAGUUGUCCUGGUACUUUAUUUUUUUUAUUUUUUAUUUUAUUUUUAUUUUUUGUUAAACAUCUACGUGCCUUGGACAACAUCUCUACAGCAGCAAGGCUCCCUGGAUGUUUUCAAAACACAAACAAACUUCCAUGCACGGUUAAGGCUGGACUAAUGUCACUGCUCGUUUAAAAAAUAUGGGAGUGGUGUGAUAAAGGUGCGCAAAAUGGAGGACACAACUGAUGCAUGAUUCAACCGAAACUGUAAUAAAGAUGAUACAAUCCUGAGUAUACGUUGGAGUAAAAGACCUAUGAUGUUUGAAAUCCAUUACCAUGCAUAUUAUUUUUGAGUUAACUGGAGUUUACCAACUUCCCAAAUGGCUCAAGCAAAUUCACUGUUUAGGUAAUAGUGGGGCGGAAGUGCAAAAUGACUCACUCGCAGACAUUUUCACA